GAGCUUUGAUUUCAGCUUCGUCAACCGCAAGCCUCCAAAAUUCACCGUUCUUUACUGCUCCAGUUUCGACCGCCUGCCACCGCUUUUUUCAUCCGGCAUCAACCAUACAUGGUGGCAGGAUAUGUCCUCUGAUAAUCCACGUCCGGAGGACGUCGAAACCCUCCUCGCUGCAAGGCGCAGAGUUCAGGAGAAACCAAAUACGGACGCCCUUCUUCCGGUCUACUUGUACUUGUUACCCCAAUCGAAUGAGGCGUCGUCUGGCUCCAGCCCUUUGGAGGACCACUGGUACUGCAGCAGGUCCAAGUCCACUCUCCACAUUGAGGCCGCCACAUAUCUUAUAUUCCUCUUUGCCUUCCAGCGUCAGGGCACUUCAAAGACUUGGGUUGACAAACUAGAGGUCGUUCUCGAAUCAUGCGAGAACUGUGCUAGGAGCUUUGGGGUCGCGAGGAGACGUUUAGAAUCUAGAUACCUCUCUGAAUGGCCAGCACAUGUUCGGAAGAAUUUCUUUGCCGCUGUUGAUAAGUGGCAAAGCACUUUCAUUCUCAACCAUUCCGAUAAAGCCAGUGACAGAGGGUAUGGAAAGCCAAGUUCCACUGAACCUGCGCUCUACUCUCUCAGUCAGCCUAUAGUUCAGUUGUUAUUGGGUGAACCGUCGCUGUUAUCUGAUCCUGGCGUCAACAGCUUAUAUCAAGACGCCUUUCAAUCGACACUUCCUGCGCCAACAUCACUUACCGCUCUUGGAAUGACCCCUAUACAUGCUCGGCUACUUUCCUCCUCGGAGCCUGCGCAAAAUCGUUGGUCUGCAGCCCAACUGCCGGCUCUUGCCCGUCGGCCAAUUCGGUUCUCAGAAUGGUGCAAUUUAGGAAUCGGGAGCGAGAUCCAAGAUUUGUAUAAUGAUGGGGCGCUCGAUGGAGAAAAACGGUGGCAAAAUGUUGCAGCAAUUCUGAAUAAUAAGGUUCUCGACCAAGAAACUGUUGAAAAAGGCCUUUUGGGUGGCCAGCUGGAAACUGACUCGCGAGGGAGAAAGGGGAGAGGAGUGAUGUCUGUGCUGAGUGGCCUUUUGAGUAGUGACAUUCCUUAUCUGGAAUCCGUCAUUUCCUGCCUUGCUACUCUUCUGCACACUUCACCGACGCGAUACAUAUGGUCAUUCGAUACUUCCCCCGAUCUUCCGCAUACCCUUAUAUCAGAGCUUCGAACAAAUCCGGCAUUCAACGAACUUCUCGAAACCCGUUAUCCCUCACCGCUCGAUUCCGAAGCUGACGGCCAUAGUGCUCAUGGCAAUGGCAGCAACAAGAGCAAAGGGCGACGGAAGCCGGAUACAAACCCAUUGGAUUGGUUAGGGGACUAUCUGUUGUCUGUAGCAGACACAGAGAAAGGAUUGGUCACUCAAGUUGGUGAAGAGAAAGGAUCUGGAAUGGCAUUUGCCGAGGCUCUUGCAGUAACCACCAAUAUGGUCUUCCAAGAGCUCCAGCACGGUAGGCUUUCAAACGAAUUACGUGCUACAGCGGCUUCCGCUGGAUUUGAGGCAAUCCUUCGAGUUUAUCAGACACUGAUUGCAGAAGACGUGUCCGUGAAUACCGCCAUCUCCUCCACACUAGACCUUCACUCCUCGUUUAUCACAACCGUCGCUUUCCGCUCGAAGAACCAUCCCCUUCCUGCAUGGUGUGAAGCCCGUAGUUCUGCUCGUGCUCUCCUCACCACUAUUUUCCAAGCAGACGCUCGAUCUACAAUUCAUAGUUUAUUAACAAUGGCGGCGGUCGCCCACGAAGAAAGAAAACGUCAACAGAAGAAGAGAAGAACCAAGUCCGAUGUUGCUGUUGGUCCUGCCAAAAAGGUUGACCAUCUACCACUUGCAUCCGUGCGAAAAGAUUUGUGGUCCAUGGCUUACGAUGCGCUGUCACCCAACGAUGCUGCGGGUGCUGCUAUCCUGCUCAAAUCUCUCGCACCCUUCUCGCAUAUUGAAUUACUUGACAGGCAAGCUUCGUGGUAUCACCAUGGUCUAGAAGAAGCAGUAAAAAAGGAAGACUGGGUUGCGGCAAUAAGAGCAAUCAAUACUGCCAUCAAAGCUACACGUGAAUCUUUCCCUCGCGCUAUCGAAUCUUUGGCCAGUCAAGCAGAUCCUUCCGGUGUCAGAUCAUUAUGGAAGGAGCAAGGAGUAGCCAAAGCUGCGACCAUCCUUCUCCUGUCUCCCGACGAUGAAAUCCAUACGCCUAUCAUCAGUAUCAUUCAGCAAUCUUUUGAUGACGUCGACGAUCGAGGGGACUGUUUCCGUGCUCUCCUCCAGCACUAUCCUGAUACAGCUGUAGAUGGGCUCAAUGACUUUUUGCGUACUUUCAUUGAAACUGCAAGGAUCACCCCAGAAUCAUGUUCUUUAGCGAAAUGGCUUGUUCGUUGCUUUCACGAUGUGCUUGAAGUCCUCUGCCGACCAUCAGGGGUAUUAGGACCGCUUCUCCAAUCAGACGAUUUCCUUACUUCCUUUGCAGACGGUAGAAGCAUGCGA